AUGUCGGCCCCAGCUCCCGUGGCGAGAUGCGUCCAGCGCGGUGCUCGCUCCAUCGGCAGCCGGCUGGGCACUAGCGGCCGACCUAUAUGCCGCAGCAUCACCACCACCACCUCGACGACGACGACGACGACGACAACGCCCUCCACAAUCUCCAGACCCUCCGUUGCCACGACAAAAAGAACGUCACGGACGUCGACGACAGCCUGCGCCUCGCUCCGCAGCAGCACCGGCAUCCGACGCUUCACCUCGGGCCGGGCGCUGCGCCAGGACGACGACGCCUCCUUUGACCCGAGCCGCAUCGAGCGCGAGUCGGACCAGGUCGAUGUCUGCAUCGUCGGCGCGGGCCCCGCUGGCCUCUCGGCCGCCAUCCGCCUCAAGCAGCUGGCCAACGCGGCCGGCAACGACGACUUCCGCGUCAUCGUGCUCGAAAAGGCCGGCGACGUGGGCGCGCACAUCCUGUCCGGGGCCGUGAUCCAGCCGACGGCUGUCGAGGAGCUCUUCCCGGACUGGCUCGACGCCGACAACCCGGCGCGCUUCGAGCACGCGACGCCCGCCGGCGCCGACAAGAUGCGCUUCCUGACCAAGACGGCCGCCAUCCCGCUGCCCGCGCCGCCGCAGAUGAGCAACCACGGCAACUACAUUGUCAGCCUCAACCAGCUCGUCAAGUGGCUCGGCGAGCGUGCCGAGGAGCUCGGCGUCGAGAUCUACCCAGGCUUCGCCGCCGCCGAGGUGCUGUACGAGCCCGACGGCUCGGUGCGCGGCGUCGCCACAAACGACCUCGGCCUCGGCCGCGACGGCAAGCCCAAGGACACCUUUGAGCGCGGCAUGGAGUUCCACGCAAAGGUCACCAUGUUUGGCGAGGGCUGCCACGGCAGCCUCAGUAAGCAGGUCAUCAACAAGUUUGACCUGCGCCACGACAGCCAGCACCAGACGUACGGCCUCGGCAUCAAGGAGGUCUGGGAGGUGGACCCGGCCAAGUUUGAAAAGGGCCUCGUCGUCCACGCCAUGGGCCACCCGCUGCCGCGCGACGUCUACGGCGGCUCCUUCAUGUACCACUUUGGCGAGAACCUCGUCAGCCUCGGCCUCGUCGUCUCCCUCGACUACAAGAACCCCUGGCUCUCGCCCUACCAGGAGUUCCAGAAGCUCAAGCUGCAUCCGCUCUUCCGCAACGUCCUCGAGGGCGGCAAGUGCAUCUCGUACGGCGCGCGCGCCCUCAUCGAGGGCGGCUUCCAGUCCAUCCCCAAGGUCGCCUUCCCCGGCGGCGCCCUCAUCGGCGACUCGGCCGGCUUCGUCAACGUGCCCAAGGUCAAGGGCACGCACAACGCCAUGCACUCGGGCAUCCUCGCCGCCAAGGCCGCCUGGAAGGCCCUCGAGCGCGAGGACCCGGGCACUGUCUUCCUCUACGACUACGAGGACUCGCUGCGCAGCUCAAGCAUCUGGAAGGAGCUCCGCGAGGUGCGCAACCUGCGCCCGUCCUUCCACGGCCCGCUCGGCCUCCUCGGCGGCCUCGCCUACUCCGGCCUCGACACCUUCCUGCUCAAGGGCCGCACGCCCUGGACCUUCAAGCACAAGCUGCCCGACCACGCCGCCACCAAGCCCGCCGACAAGUACAAGAAGAUUGAGUACGAGAAGCCCGACGGCAAAAUCACCUUUGACAUCCUCACCAGCGUCUCCCGCACCGGCACCAACCACGAGGAGGACCAGCCCGUCCACCUCCAGGUCAAGGACUGGGACGCCCACACCAACGAGACGUACCCGGCCUACCAGGGCCUAGAGAACCGCUUCUGCCCGGCCGGCGUGUACGAGUACGUGGAGGACGAGAGCAAGCCGCACGGCGUGCGCUUCCAGAUCAACGCGCAAAACUGCAUUCACUGCAAGACCUGCGACAUCAAGGCUCCCCAUCAGGACAUCAACUGGCAGGUGCCUCAGGGUGGCGAGGGCCCCAAGUACUACAUGACCUAA